GGGUGGGGAAGAUGAAGGCGCUUCCGGCAGGCGGGGGCCGCGGCACGCCGGAGCAAAAGUGUUGGUCUGGGUCGGGGUUCUCCCGGUCCCGCCAAGGUGGCGACUGCGGUGGGAGGCAGGAGGUGUCAGACGCGCUGUCCCACCUCCGCUAUCCAUCACAGCCUCAGCUAAGUUCAAAAUGAACUAUAUGCCCGGCACCGCCAGCCUCAUUGAGGACAUCGACAAAAAACAUUUGGUCCUGCUACGAGAUGGAAGAACACUUAUAGGCUUUUUAAGAAGCAUUGAUCAAUUUGCUAACUUAGUGCUACAUCAGACUGUGGAACGUAUUCAUGUGGGCAAAAAAUACGGUGAUAUUCCUCGAGGGAUUUUUGUGGUCAGAGGAGAAAAUGUGGUCCUACUAGGAGAAAUAGACUUGGAGAAGGAGAGCGACACACCCCUUCAGCAAGUGUCCAUUGAGGAGAUCCUCGAAGAGCAGAGAGUGGAGCAGCAGACCAAGCUGGAAGCAGAGAAGCUCAAGGUCCAGGCACUGAAGGAUCGGGGCCUCUCCAUCCCUCGAGCAGACACUCUGGAUGAGUAUUGAGUCCUGGAGAAUAGGUGCUGUAACAGAAAAAAGGUGACAUCCCAGUUGCCUCCACAUUUGACCAGAAAGUUACUUUGGUCAUUUUUUUUAAUGCUCUCGCAUAUGCAACAUGAAGCUAUCACAUGGGAUUUUGUUUUGUUGUUCAAAAUAACAAAAUCAUUGUUUAAAGAGACAGUGGCAUGGACUCCAUGCACACAUCACUGUGGAGCCAGCGCUGCAUCUUUGUAUUGCUUUUCUUAUCCCCACUUAAGAGUCUACAGAGGACGGUCUUUAUUUUCUUGUAAAUAAAAUAUGAAGCUCAAAACCAUCAUGUUAUUUCCCAGUUGAAGUCGCCGCCAGUACCAGACAGUCGCUUGUCCAUAUGCAGGGCUCACAAUUCCAAGUAGCUGAUUGCAUAUGGAGGAGUGAUUUGUUCCGGUUACUUCUGAAGUCUUCCCUUCUCCCCUUCCAUGUUUGUGUCUCAAACCAUCAGGCUUCAGAAGGAGAUUUCAGUUGAGUAUUCCAGAGUUAGUGAUAGCAGACACCACAUAGUAGAGAAACAGUGUCACGCUUGAGCAGUCAGCCAGGUGUGAUCAGGGAGCAUGCCCCAUGAUGGAGGCCAAGUCUGGCUGAGCACAGAUGAACAAUUCUGAACAUCACUUUCUAUAUCUAACAAACUGUCAUUCUAUAUUUUAAGAAACUGCUAAAAACCUCUAUCAGCUUUUAAAAGUGUAUCCUUUGAUUUUAUAGGCACAAACUGAUUUUUUAUCUUACAGUGGAAAUGAAUCCUUUGAGAAUGGAAACAAAUUUGCAAAUCUUUAAUAAAACAAAAACUCAAAAAAAAAAAAAAAAGAAACACCAUCACACCUUGUUUUCCUGAAGUGACUUGUUCUCAGAGCCUUCUAAUUUAGUUAGCUUUCCUAGCCCUUGCAUUAGGUCUUUUUUUUUUUCUGAGACAGGGUCUUACUACGUAGUUCAGGCU